CCUCUACACCCCCCUAUAUUUACUACCUCCUCCCCUUCUUCUCUUCUCCGCCGCUCACUCUCCUCACUCCUCACUCCUCACUCCUCCCUCACUCCUCACUCCUCACUCUCCACUCUAGUCUUCCAAAAAACCAAAAAAAAGAACUCCCAACACACAAAACAGAAAAAUGGAUCUAAAGGCCACGCUUUUGCUUGGCCUCAUCUGCAUUACUCUCUCCGUCGUCGGUGGCCAAUCACCCGCCGCAUCACCAUCACAAUCUACCCAACCACCACCCACAACACAACCACCACCCACAACACAACCACCACCCGCAACGCAACCACCGCAAGCUAGCCAGCCCCCACCCGCAACACAACCACCACAAGCUAGCCAGCCACCACCCGCAGCGCAACCACCACAAGCUACACAGCCACCACAAGCUAGCCAACCACCACCAGCAACGCAACCACCAACCGCCUCACCACCAACACAAACCACCACUGCACCACCACCACAAGUAGCUCAAGCUCCACAACAAUCACCACCACCAGUUGCUACCCCUCCACCUGUGGCAGCAACACCACCUCCAGUGGUUUCUUCUCCUCCUCCACCAGUAGCUACACCACCUCCAGCUACUCCACCACCAGUUUCAGCACCUCCUCCAGUAUCAACUCCGCCACCUGCUGUUACGCCAGCUCCUUUGAGCACUUCUCCUGUUGUUGCCCCUGUUGCGGCUACUCCCGGUCCAUCUCUUGCAGCAUCUCCCCCUGUUCCUCUUUCUGAAGCUCCUGGACCUAGCUUGUUGGGUGCUGCCUCUCCUGGCCCCGCCAAUGCUCAGGCUGAUGAUGAGAGUGGAGUUGAAAGGAUGUGGUCCAUGUCAAAGUUGAUUGGAAGCUUGAUCUCAGGAUGUGCUCUAUUGGCCUUGCUAUUCUAAGAAACAUUCAGCUGCUUUCGGUUAUCCCUGAGAUACUCAUAUUAUUGUUGUAUUGAUUACAUUAAUGUAUUAUUGGAUAUGUCAUUUUGUGCCCUCUUGUAUUUUGGAUUUAUACAUUCAGGUGGAUUCUUUUUUCUUGUGAGAUUUUUGAGGGUUAGUUUAUGUUCUCUCCGGGGUGAGUCGUAUCUUGUAUGAGAUUGUAUUAGUAAAUUCAUUUAGCCUAUUACUUUUAGUAAA